AUGCCACUUCAAGUUGGUCAGCAAGCAUCUGAAUUUACGUUAUACAAUACAGACCGAAAAGAAGUUUCUCUUAAAGAUUUAACAUCCACAUCGAAUGUUGUUGUACUGUUUUUUCCAUUGGCUUUUACUGGAGUAUGUACACAAGAAUUAUGUUCUACAAGAGAUGACAUUAACAAAUAUCAAAAAUUAAACGCGACAGUUGUUGCAAUUUCUGUUGAUUCGAUGUUUACAUUAGGCAAAUUUCGUGAAGAACAAAAACUUCCAUUCGAUUUGUUAUCCGAUUUUAAUAAAGAAGUUUCUCGAAAAUAUGAUUCACUUUAUGAAGAAUUUCCAUUAUUUGGUCUUAAAGGUGUUACAAAACGAAGUGCUUUUGUUAUUGAUAAACAUGGAAUAAUUAGAUAUGCUGAAAUACUUGCUGAUGCGACGAAACUUCCAGACUUUGUUAAAAUUAAAGAAGCAUUGGAACAAUGUGAAAAAUAA